GAUCCCGCGUGUCGGUGUUGUCGGCCCCGCCCGGGGCGGGCCUCCCUUAUUCUGUGGGCAUCCCGUCCGUGCCCGGACUGACCUGGCGCAGCCAAGACCCGGGGCCUGAAGCAUCGCAGCUUCGGCGUGCUCUGCGCGUUGGGCGCCCUUGAUUGCGGGGGCCUUUUUGGGCCGCCUUCCCGGGUCACUUGCACCGGGAGCUUGUGACCGGCGCGGCUGGAGGGCACCAGGUUGGGCAGCAGUGCAUCUCAUGCACCCCAGGAGCAUCCCUGCACGCUUGGAGAGACUUUUCCUUCGGAGAGCCUAUGCAAGGGCUGAUGGCUUAUUUACUCAGGAUUAUCUGUGCCGACCUGAGGACAACAUCUAUAAUAUUGAUUUCACCAAAUUCAAGAUUCGGGAUCUAGAGACUGGGACAGUUCUGUUUGAAAUUGCCAAACCUUCAGCUUUAGAGCAAGAGGAGGAGGAUGGUGACAUUGGGGAGGUGGACACCAGUGCAGGGCGCUUUGUCCGCUACCAGUUCACACCUGCCUUUCUGCGCCUCCGGACAGUUGGUGCGACCGUGGAGUUCACGGUGGGAGACAAGCCUGUUUCGAACUUCCGUAUGAUUGAGAGGCACUACUUCAGAGACCGCCUUCUCAAGAACUUUGAUUUUGAUUUUGGCUUCUGCAUCCCCAGCAGCAGGAACACCUGUGAGCACAUCUAUGAGUUCCCCCAGCUGUCCGAGGACCUCAUCCGCCUGAUGGUCGAGCACCCCUACGAGACCCGCUCCGACAGUUUCUACUUCGUUGACAACAGGCUGAUCAUGCACAAUAAGGCUGACUACGCCUACAAUGGGGGGCAGUAGCCCCCUGUGCUGCACCCAUUGGACGUGGCCCUGCAGCUGGUUGUCCCUAGUAGCAAGAAGGAGAGCAGAACGGAUGCUUCGCGUUCAAAGGCCUCUUGUGGAACCUCCUGCAGAACCCAAGAAACAGCAUGGCAGAGACUGAGGUGGCGACUCGCAUGACAGUAAAGGGGCUCUCCUUGCAAUUCUGCCCUUUCCGGCAUGGUUCCUUCCUCGGUCUCCACUCGGUGUUCAUUGGUACCCUGGUCAGUUAACAGGUCGCUAGUCUAUUAGACAUUUACUGAUGUAGCAGUUCUCGUAGUUUGGCAGCCUCGGCCCAUCUCCCUUGUGUGGUCUUUUCCUUCCCUCACUCUUCCGCUGUCCUCCAGGGACCGGUGAGCAGGGUUCUGCAGCGCAAGGCCGUUGCCUCUUCCACGUGAAAUGUAGGUAGCAGCUGCCCCAGAGGCUGGGGGAGCCGGUGACUCGUGUUGGCAGCCUCCACAGUUCGGUCUUGCCGCGAUUGGGUCUCGUGACCGUGCCCUCACAGCUAACCUGAAGAAAGGUGGGGAGGUUUGAGAUGAGGGGCACGGUCUUGGAUGCUGCGUCUCAGUGAAUUGCCCUGUGGAGCAACGCAUGAUCUCGUGAAGGGAAGAGGACCUUCCAUGACAGGCGUUGCAGGGAGGCUGAAACCAGUGCCGCAGCUGCCGCAGGGCCUCAGACUCGGCUGUGCUCCGUUCCUUACAACGUGUUUGCGCUUUCUUUGGGGGAUGUUGAAAAUGUGGUGGGUUGAGGUUGCUGAGUAACGGGGAUUUGCCUGUUGCGCAUACCAAGAGGCAGGGCAGAUCUUUCCAGGGUUUUCUUCUGCAUAUGUUGAGAGUGGAGCAACUCCGGAAUGGUGGCCUCACCCAGCCUGUAUCGCUGGCACUGGUGCUUCAGCAAAUGCCACUACUAAAGCUGGGCCCCAGUAUCCCUCAGUGCUCACUUGGCUGAGGUGGGAGCUGCGAAGAGGGGCUUCUGCCAGCUCGGGGCCCUGGGCUUUGCCGGUGCUUCCCCCAGCGGUCGGCUCAGUUCAAAUGCACUGAAGUGCCGAACACCCCUCCUUUUUGCCGUUGCACUGCAGGGACUCCUACUGCAACACCCGCUUGUAGGCACAGACAGCUGAUGGGAGGGGUGGAAGGCGUAUUCCAUCAUGCGGGGGACAGAGGCCUUGUCCUGUUGCUUCUGCCCGCGGCGGGAUGUCGGAAAGCAGUGCUCGUCAGCCCGAUUUUGUCCCUGCCUUGCUCCAGGGCCAAGCUGCUGUUUCCUACAUCAGCGAAAAAGUCGGGCACCGGCCUUCUGGUCAGCUGCUGGUUCUUGCAGCUGCGGCUGUGUGCGCGGCCCGGCUUCCGUGCGCACAGACUGGAGAGCCUGUGUAGCCGCUUGAGGCUCGCCCGUUUGGGGAGAGGGUGUGCAUUUCACCACAAUAACUAAAUCAGUGUGUGUGUGUGUGUGGGGGGUGCUUACAGAAUAGAGGGCAGGAGAGGGCAGAGAAAGGAAGCACAGGACCAGAUGUACUCUGAUUGUUAUCUGUCAGGUAGGGUCAUCUGGCUGUCCUCAAAUAGUGGGAAUAUAAUAAAAAAUGAAAAGGGCAGAAGAUAACUUGUAUGUAUGCUUUUAAGAUCCGGAUCGUGCUGCCCUUGUCCUUCCAAAGAAAGCACCCAUGCUGUGGGAGUGGUGUCCAUGCACCACUCCCAGCUCCUGCGCUGGGUCCUGUCAUCUGGACAACAAUGACACCCGUUUUGCUGCACUCCGUCUGCCGCUUCCCCCAAAAGGGGGCUUUUCUCCAUGAAUCCAAGGCCACAUAAGAGCAGCCAUAAGCCUUCCUCAUUCCACAAGAGGUGGCAGGAGUUCCUGAGUCACUGUGUUUAAACACCAGGUGCCUUUUAAAUGUCCUCCAUCUUGUUCCUCAGGAUUCUCCAUGUGACUGUCUUGUCUGUCUUCUUACAAGUUAAUAUUGGACCCGUUUGGAACAGGUGUGAUCUAAGCCAAAGCAGCUACUGCUCUUUCAGUGAACUCCCAGCCACUUCCUGCUUUCUGCAGCCUCUGGACUUCACCCUCCAUCUUGGAGAGCUGAAAUCUCCCUCCCCCAGCUGCCCCGAGGAAGAACGAUGCUGCAUGCAUCCUUUGUGGCCUGCAGUCCUAGUGAGGAGGCAGGGAAAGUGGAGGUGCUCCCGUGCUAAAUGUUGCAAGUUGCUUCCGCCCUCCUGGACCAAACGUUGAUGAAGGAGGAACCUUGAAGGAGAGGAACAGGGCAAAUAUCCUGCCAUUCUAGAUAACUUGACCAAAUGUGGAGUUUGGUGCUUCCUGGACUGCUUUGUGUCUCUAGGAGCUGUCUGCCCCCCCAUUAGAAGAUGGCCUGGCAUUGGCAUUGGCAGGCUAAUCUGUACUGUGUGUGUUUUGCUGCCUUUGGUCCAGGUUCUCGUCAUAGCUGUGGGGUUCGUAGGGCUGAAAUGGAAGUGUGUGUUCUCCCUUGAAGGGCUCUCUUUCUGUCAUCCUCACUCUGCGACCAGCUGCUUCUGCAUGCAGACGGAGCAGGGAUCUGUUUCUGCCACACUGACCAAAGGGUUAACAGAAAGCAGAGGCCAGGAUAUUUCCCACCUAAAGGCAUUGAAGCUAAUAACCUGCAUAAAUGGGCCGGCUGUUCAAGCAGUUAAGAACCCCUCAAAUCAUGUAUCCAAGGAGGAUGCUCCCACUGUGGGCUCCCUGCCCAGCUUGUGCGGGUGAGCAGGGACUUUGCUGUGGUAGUUGGUGCACUAGGCCAGCUGAGUGCGUACGGACCGAGGUGCCGGUCUUGCUGGCCUGUUUUAGAGCUGUUUUCUUCCGUGUGUGCUUCUUCCUCAGCCCAUUACAGAAUUUUUUUAAAAAACAAGCCCAAAGCAGCCUUCCCGUGUGGUGCCCUUGUAUCAGGACACUCACUUUGCUUCCUUGCGGAAGACCAGGGACUCACACGUGCGACACUCGACAGCAAGGAACCUCAGCGGGGCUUUUGGCAGUGUGCGUGGAGCGGCAGCUGCCUGGCAGUUCGGUGAUGCCUUUGCUGCCUUUUGUGCAAAGCAUUUGGUGUCCCCGCAUGGGUGGCUGGCACCCAUGGGCAAGGGCUGAAGUCCUAAAAGUGCCCCGUCGAAAGUGACGAUGAGGCAUAAUGGAGGCAGGCGCUGUCACGUGAGCAGCCGAGCACCAGCAGGAAUGUGGGGGCUCCCUCCAGUGUUUCCCUGUGCGGCUUCUGCGGCCUGGUCCCAGCUAGCUGGUGCAGCAAGAGCACUGGUGUUACAGGGUCUGUUUACCCACAGAGGGGAGCUGGGGGUGGGGGGCACUAGUCACAGCAGUGUGCCGAAGAUGGCCCCCACCAUGGCUUCGUGGCUCUGACUGGACACUGAAACUGUUCCUUACUAGUUUUUCUGUUCACUGGUUGUCUUUGGCAGCACCUGUAACCCUUGGAGUGGUUUGUAAAUUCCAAAAAAAGCCUGUUUUAUUUUUUUCUGUCAAGGUAUUUUUCCUGUAGAGGAUGGCAGAAAUCUCAGAAACGUGUGAUUUCCCCAGUGGAACUGUCGCCAUGCUCCGUUAUCUCGUCUUUCCUAGGCCUACAGUAAAUUACCUGACUUGUUUGUAUAAAAUGAUAUUUUGUCACAAGCAAUAGUAAACCAAAAACCAAAACGC